CGCAAAACGACUCCCCGUGCUCCGUGGCCGCGUGAUUAUCAGACCGCGGCUCACCUCCUUCGCGCGUCCUAUAAUCGCGACACGUGCUUCCGUCCGGCUACGAUAAAAAAUCCAGUGAACGUUACAAGCCUCAAUCGUCACAUCUGUCUUUUCCACCGCGACAGGUCGAUCGCGGGAACUUUAUUCCGUCUCCCUCGUGGAUCGAGUUCCCCCGUGUAAAUUCGAAAAGUUUGUUUUUGUAUCGUAUCGAUAGAUGUGCAUAGUGAAUUGCAAUUUUGAUUAAGAUUGGGAUAUAUUAAAAGAUCGGCUCGGCGAAGAAGAAGCGGGCAAAGGAGAGAAGGUAGAAGAGGCGCGCGAAGUGAAAGACCUCUCCCCCGCUGCCUCCCGUUCCUUUGGUCGAAAGUUGAUUGACCUUGAGGGAGAGACGGAAGGCGGCUGGCUGAUCCAACGCCGGUAACCACCGCGGCUGCGAGGAGAGAAGCAGAAGGAGCGCAGGAGCAGGAACGUGGAAGGAGGAGGAAGGAGGAGAAGGUGUGGAGGAGGUGGUGGUGGUGGAGGUGGAGAAGGACGAACGUGCGACGGCGACGACAAGCGCGACGAGGAGUGGCCGAGAAGAAGAAGAGCAAAUUGGUGCUCUCGGUAGCAGGGGCCCAUGAGCACUGUGGAGGAGAAGCUGCGUAGCGUGACGAAGCGUAGCAGACACGGGUCACGUGGCGGCAAGCAGCCGGGCGCUGAUUGGUCGGCCGGGCCUGGCACCUCUGGAGGGGCUAGGGGCACGGCCCAACCUGUCCCCUCCAGUGCGCAGGCCAGCACCACAGCUUUCAACAGGUCCCAAGAGCCGAUGGGCCCUACCAGGCGACUGUCCUCGCGGGACAGCGUCGACUCCGCGGGCCAACAAGCCCCACCCGAGCACGGCGAGCUCCUUUUCAAGGUGAUCCUAUUGGGCGACAGCGGUGUUGGGAAAACCUGUCUCCUAACGCGGUUCAGGGAUGGCCGCUUCCUGUCCGGCAACUACAUUACCACCGUCGGCAUUGAUUUUAGGAAUAAAGUGGUUCUCGUAGAUGACACCUCGGUGAAGCUUCAGAUAUGGGACACCGCUGGUCAAGAAAGAUUUCGCAGCGUGACACACGCUUACUACCGAGACGCUCACGCGCUUCUAUUACUGUAUGACGUGACCAACAAGACCAGUUAUGACAACAUCAGGGCCUGGCUAAGUGAAAUUCGGGAACACGCGAAUGAAGAUGUAGUCAUCAUGUUGUUGGGGAACAAGUCGGACUGUGGAACGGAGCGGGUCGUGAAAAGGGAAGACGGUGAACGGCUAGCGCAAGAGUACAAAGUCCCCUUUAUGGAGACCUCAGCUAAAACCGGCCUGAACGUCGAAUUGGCCUUCCUCGCUGUGGCUAGGGACUUGAAGGCAAAGAAAAGCAGCGAUCCGGACGAUACGAAAUUCAACGUCCAGGACUACGUUCGUCAGCAAUCUCAGCGGAGUUCCUGCUUCAACUCCAAUUGCCUGACGACCUGAAUUGCGCAACAGCCGCACGCGCACGUUUCCCGACGAUAGAUCGAGCGGAACGGUGGAGCGCGGACCGGAACUCGUUGGCCGCGAGAAUGGCGCGAAGACGUCGCGACUGUUCGAGUGUUCGUAACAACGACCGGAUGCAGAAAUCGGAGCUGAAUUAUCUUAAUCGUCCCGCGCGCCGACGAGAUGGGACACGAAUACACGGCGAUCGAUUAGAAAUAUUUAAUUUAACAAAACCUUUCAAGGAGCGCAAUUUUUUCGUUCGAUCGAAGCACAAAGGAACAAGCGCACGAAGAUGGAGGAUAUUUUUGAAGAGGGAACAGAUAGAGUGAUUGUUGUUGACCAUACGUGUAUAGAAAUAUAUAAAUAUAUAUAUGUAUAAAUAAAUAUAUGUAUUACUCCUGUACUGUACAUUAAUGUGAAUAGCUCCACGAGAGAUUCUCGGAAAUAGUUUUAGGAACGCCUCGAUGGUUCUAAUUUGCACUAUGUACAAUCCUUGCGGUGUCUUUGAAUGGAAGUAUACGCGAAAGCUCGCCAAACAUUGUACCAAGUAGACGGGCGGUUUUAGGACCGUCCGGUAGAAGAAGAGCUCUCCGCGAAUAAUUUCAUAGCUGCCGCGUUCACGACACAUUUGUAACGAACGCUCAAUAAGUUUCGACGCAGAAGCUUGCCCCUUGUAGGUUAGACACGGCUUAUCAAAGUACUUUAGCCAAGCAAAAGAUCACGCGUAGAAUUCUAUGUACACAUUUUUAGUCCUAGUAAUUGUUCUCCGAUCAAAAAUCCAUGAUGAACUCCCUUCCGAUUAUGUUUUUCGAAUCUCAUGAUCAAAUUGUAUUGAUCUAGUGACUGUCGAUAAUGGUCCUUGCUUAAUGGUCCCAAAUGGCGCUACAUCGUUCGAUUAAUCAGAUCCACGUUUGGACCCUUUCGAUUUUAUACUUUAUAUCAGUUUUAUAACGACCUGGAGAUGAUUUGUAACUAGCGUUUCAAAGAUCGAAGCGCACAGAAUAUUUUGGUUGCUUCGUUUCAUAACACUGUCAGCCGUUAAAAGCUCAUGCAAAGAUGUAUCGUGUGUUUAGGUUCACCUGCUGUGUAUGUGCGACCCGCCUAACCGGCGUGUACAAACGGCAAAGAGUUACAUGUCAAAGUGUAUAAUGGAGAGUAUUAUAGAUAAUAAAAAACCAUUCGACCAA